AAGCAGAAAGACGAACAGUCGCUCCGAUCACAUACCUUUCAUCGACUUCGCACCACCGACAUGGGCAAGAGAGUUUGGCUUAUUACCGGCGCGUCCUCAGGAAUUGGGCGUGCCAUCACCGAGCGAGUGCUUAAGCAGGGCGACAUCGUCGUCGCAGCGUUGCGCAAGCCAUCUGCCAUCGCCGACCUCGCGUCCGCUUACAGCCGUGACCUCCUUUUGCCCGUCGAACUCGACAUUACGAACAAGGCGCAGGUCAGUAGCGCCUUCGAGCGCGCCAAAGAGGCUUUCGGACGCAUCGACGUCGUAGUGAACAAUGCUGGAGUGGGCUUGCUGGGUGACUUCGAGGGCACACCGGAUGAAGACGCGCGUAAAGUUUUCGAGGUGAAUUACUGGGGGACCGUCAAUGUGACCCGCGAGGCGCUGCGCUUCCUCCGCGAGGUGAACCCCGCUGGUGCGGGUGGCAUUAUCCUGCAGAACACGUCCGUCACCGGCGUUGUCGGGGUGCCGGUGUACUCUCAUUAUUCGGCGAGUAAACACGCAAUCGAGGGACUCACAGAGGCAAUCUCAAGAGAGCUCGAUCCUACCUGGAACAUCAAGUUGUGCCUCAUUGAACCCGGCGAAUUCGACACGGUCGGGACGAACACGAUGCCCACACUGCCGAUCCAUCCCGCUUACGCGGCCAACACAUCCUUACCCGCGUACAAAGUGAGGCACGCCACGAACGAGGUGCAGUUCGAGGGAGACGCAUCCAAGCUCGCCAAAGCGGUGUACGACGUUGUGUCCUCUGGUGACAUCCCGGCGCGUCUGCCGAUAGGGCUGGACUCCGUGCGUGCGAUGAAGGCCAAGGCGGAACAAUACUUGGAGACGGUUCGGAGCGUGGAGAAGUGGUCGGCUGAUGUGAGGCGAGAUGAUGCGGGCGGCAAUGACGUCGAUGUCACAGCGUAGUGAGGAGCGUGGAAUCAGCGAAGAGUCAAUCAGUUCAGGUGCCUCCCAGUAAGCCGAUAGCAUCAGCAGGGAGUUUGGAGCACGGAGAGUUGAUGACAGGGUUGACGAAAGGAUGACUGGUGGAUAUAAUGCUUCGAGAGAUGAAUCGAUGACCUUGAGAAGUGUUACGGGAAGAACGAUCUUCUGAUUUGAACAUGUCACUGCAGCAGCGCGGUAGGUCCGUUAGUAUUUGCCUUCAACGAGAUAGAGCAGAACGGUGUUGGGGAGGUCUCGGCAGUGCUCCGGGAACAUAUG